AUGCCAGAAUUAGUACAGGUUGCCCGCUUGGCCGGCAGAUUGAAGAAGCACCUUGCUGGAAAGACGUUAAAAAAUGUUACGGCGAUGGAUGAUCCGGUGGUAUUUAAGGAUACAACCGCAAAAAAAUUUAUCAGUGCGGUGGAGGGGAGAACGGUACUUGAUGCAAAGUCCUUAGGGAGAUAUCUUUGGUUAGAAAUGGACAAACCGCCACAUCCCGUUAUGCACUUGGGAAUCGCCGGUUGGGUAUUCUUCAAAAGCGAUCCUUACUCGCAUUACUACGCACGGGAAAAGCCCGAGUUCACCAACUGGCCUCCCAAGGGGGAAAUAUUUCAUCUGAAGAUCCACGGAUCACAGGAUGAAGCUAUGUUCGCUGACCCCCGCCGGCUGGGGCGGUUGCGGCUGAUGGAUUGUUCUUCCAAAGAUAUCCCUAAGCAGGCUCCAUUAAACGAUUUGGGACCAGAUCCUUUACAGACAGAGAUUACGAUGGAGUGGCUGCGACAAAAGUUCACCAAGCAUAGCCCGGCACGGUUACUGCUAGCAGAUCAGAAGAAUAUAGCUGGAUUUGGAAGCUGGAUGAGCGAAGAAAUCCUCUACCAAGCCCGAAUUCACCCCGAGUUCCAAGGCCGCAAAUUCAACGACGGGCAAUUCGAGCGUAUCCGGCGGAGCAUACAAUACGUUGUCAAGACCGCGCACGAAGUCGACUCAGACUUCUCGCUGUUCCCAAGCCACUGGCUAAAGAGCUUCCGCUUCGACUGGCGCAUCAAGGGCCAAACUGUGGAGAACGGUGAGCCAGUGGUGUACACAAAGCACGUAGUAAAAAGCGCCUACGUCCCAAGCGCCCAGAUCAAGAGUAGGAUAGAGAAGGGACCAGAUUUAAAGAAAGUCCCCCCUACGACCGACCUGCUAUUUGAGAUGAAGGACCCGCCAAGGACUCGGUAUCGCCUUCCGGCCGAGCCACUGAAACCCAAGCCCUUGCUUAUUCAGGAUCACGCGGACGACAGAAUUUUAGGACAGAUUGUGGAGUUGGACCACGAAGAUGUUCUAGCGCCGUUGGAGGGUGAGAGGCCACCUACUGCUGGGGACAGGUUUAGGCUGUACCCGAUGAAGAGAAAAACGAGGUCACUAAAGAAGGGUGGAAAGAGGGAUAUGCGGGGGCAUUGGAAUAUCCCGAGAAAAAAGCGCUGA